AUGGCAGAUCCUAGAAUUCGUCAAAUCAAAAUAAAGACCGGCGUCGUUAAACGCAUUGCCAAAGAGAAAGUUGUUUACGAAAAAGAGGCGGAACAACAGAAAAAUAGGAUACAAAAAUUAAAAGACGACGGUCAAGAUGAGCACAACAUUCGGAAACAAGAGGAAGUGUUGCAGGAGUGUUUGAUGAUGGUACCUGACUGUCAGAGAAGAUUAGUCAAAGCAUUUGCUGAUCUUAAAACCACUCUGGAAACUGAGCAGGAUCUCAAAGAGAACGAAGAUUAUAUUGCCGCUGAACAAGUGUUGAAAGACGCUGAAUGUCAAUUGCCUGAAACUGUUGCAUCAUAA